UAUGGGAGUGGUUUCUUAGAAUCGAAUGAAUCCUGCUGAAUGUAAGGUUUUUCAAUUCAUGUAGCCGAACUAUUACUUUCUCAAGUCAAAAGGGUUGAACUAUUAGCGCUUAUUUUGUAUAAGAAAGCACUGCCGCUGGAUGGUUGGUGAUUCAUAAGUUGCGUUCCCCUAACAUGUGCUGUGUCUGAUGAGGCUGACCCGCGCUACCGAGACCCCCAGGAAGACCAUGCUGUCCCUCCUGCUGCCCACUCUGCUUGCUGUGCAAGCUCUCGCUGUCCUGGAAGUGCAUGUCCCAGAGCUGCCAGUGGUGGCGCUGUAUGGCAUGGACACCACCCUCAACUGUUCCUUCAGCCACGCCUCUCCCUUCAACCUGUCUGACCUCAGUGUCUUCUGGCAGCUGACGGACACCAAGCGCAGCGUGCACAGCUACUGGGCCAGCCAGGACCAGCUGGCAGACCAGGGAGAGCGCUACGCCAACCGCACCAGCCUGUACCCCUCUCAGCUGGGCGCGGGCAACGCUUCGCUCCUCUUGAGAGGGGUCCGGGUGGCCGAUGAGGGUAGCUACACCUGCUUCGUCAGGGUGGAAGACUACGGCAGUGCAGCCCUACUGCUCCAGGUAGCAGCCCCCUACUCCAAGCCUCUGGUGACCCUGGAGCCGGACUCCAACUUGCGGCCGGGUGACGAGGUGGCGCUGACCUGCGUGGCGUACGGUGGCUACCCUGAGGCUGACGUACUGUGGCAGGACGGGGGCGGGCACAACCUGACGGACAACGUCACCACCUCCCUGGUAGCCAAUGAGGAGGGGCUGUUCAGCAUGCGCAGUGUCCUGACUGUCACCCUGGAGCCCAAUAGCACUUACAGCUGCAGACUGACCAACCCAUUAUUGGGCGAGGACGGCCACGCCUCCGUCACCAUCACAGGUCAGAACAUGGUGUUUCCCCCGGUGGCUCUGUGGGUGACGGUGGGCCUGGCUGUGUGUCUGCUGGGUCUGCUCAUCGCCCUGGCUGCAGUCUGCCAUAGAAAGAUCAAGGAGAGCUGUGAGGAGGACAGAGCAGCCAAGGAGCUUGAAGAGGCCAAAGAACUGCAGGAAGAGGAGCAGUCUAAGACAGCCAUGACCGCCCUGAAAAGCUAAAGCCAAAAGAACACAGCAGUGAGGAGGCAAACGGUGAGACAGCGAUGAGUCUUAUAUUUAACCCCACUACACCUAUCCAUCAACGGAGAGACUUGUUCCACUGUCUCCUACCCACACAGUGUCCAGUCCUUACUGAGCUGACGAUGAGUCCAUCAUACCCAUCCCUACAGGACCACUUCCUCCUGGGCUUCCAGAAAAGACAUAAACCCAUCAUAUCCUAUUACAGCGCUAUACAUUUCCCUUCCCCUGCUACUCUUUCAAUUAACGAAGUAUAUGAACGCGGAUGUGGAGUCGUAUUCACUUCUAUGCAAUAGGCUAAAGAGAAGCUCCACUUGAAGGCCAUUGGAUUUGACAGGCUCCCUGUCUCGAACCUGGACAUUAUUUUCUCUUCACUAUGUACCGAGGUAGGAAGUUUGAGAGGCCCAGGAUCUCAUUUCUAAUAGGAAGUGAACAGCUUAAGAGAUGACCAAGCUGAGGCUGCCAUCAGUGUCUCCCUAGCUGCCUACCUGCCAGAGACAGAGUGUAGCUGUGUAGCUCUCCGUUUACUCCUCGACUCACUAAUUAAUGGUUGCCCGUGGAGUAACUUGUACCUGUCAGUGUCUACCGCUCUCGUAUAUUCAAUAACUUCGGGGAAUUGAAAUUGAAUGCCAGCUAAGCUCGAACAAACUGCAAAUGGUGCAUGGGAUACACCCUGGUUCUCUCAGUGACCUGACAGCAGCGUUAUAUGUAAGGUUUUUAAUGAACAUGGACUCUUCUCAGCUACUCUUGACUGCCAAGGUGGAAUGUUUUAUGAAUUCAAGAUGGAGGGUGGGUGGGUGAUUGUAUAGGUUCUGUUACAGUAUACAGGUACUCGAGCAAGUCCUUGUGCCAAAUGUCAAUGUGCGUAUGAAUGCCAAAGCCGUCCAUAAAAGAACCCAGUGCCGAUUCGCAUUAAAGAGACAGGGUGAAAAUGUU